CUAUAAAGCAUGAAGGUCUUUAUACUAGGAGUUGCGGCAUUAGCCUUUCUGUUCCUUUGUAGGGAAGGAUCCGCCCGUUUGCUGGAACCCGAUUGCGGAACAACAAGGACUUCGAACAGGGUUAAACGGGUGGUUGGAGGACACGAUGCUGAGAUGUUCGCCAAUCCUUGGAUGGUACUGUUGUUAAAAGACCUUAACUUCACCUGUGGUGGUACACUCAUUACCUCCCGUUUUGUUCUGACAGCAGCGAAUUGCAUCCAUUUACAAAUUAAUAAGGUGCGCCUAGGCGAAUACGACAGGUCAACCAACCCAGAUUGUUCAUCGAUGGUUUGUAAGGGAAGCAGCUUUGAGAUUGAUAUCGAACGGUUAAUCCCCCACCCAUCGUAUGCCAAGCCAUGGAGCGUUCCGAAUGACAUAGGUCUGGUCCAAAUGGCUCAAAAUGUAAUUUUUUCAGACCAUAUCAGGCCGAUCUGUCUGCUCGUCGAUCAGUUCGUAGUAAGAACUUUUACAUCAUUUGAUGUAACAGGUUGGGGUAAAACUAAUACUAGUGAAACCAGCCUAAAACUUCAGACAGCAACUUUAACCCAUUUUAAUCGUUCGAAAUGCCAGUCAAUGUUUGAAAAGCCAAUUAAUGAAUACCAAAUUUGUGCCGGCAGUGACACCAGCGACACAUGCAAAGGGGAUGCAGGGGGUCCGUUGAGUGCACAACUGGUCUAUGGAGAAAUACAGCGGGUCUUCCAAUUCGGUAUUACCAGCUUUGGACUUACAUCUUGCCUUGGAGUCGGUAUCUAUACAAAUGUCACGCACUAUAUAAACUGGAUAGAAAACUCUAUUAAAGAAAAUCUUUAUCCGUUUGUAACUUAUUAAUAAAAUGUACUUGUAGUUUUCUGAUAUUAAGGAAAUUAUAAAAAUAA